UUUGAAACAAAACGUAGACGUAUUACUACCACAGCAGAGUAGGGAAUCCAGCCCUAACGCAUAGGUAAACUUUUCAGUCUUAAAAUGUUUUUGAAGAAACUACAAAAUUCGCUAGACGUGAACUGCAGAAUUUGCUACUGGGAAAGCUAGAAAAGAAACUUUCGGCCUUGUGAAAGGGUCAUUUACUGACAUGGACCCACCGGAAAAAUCCAGCUCGAGUCCGGGCUCAAGCAAACCACUCUCACGGCCACCAGAAUUACAUCAAAGUGAUGCAGAUGAGGACGAUGAGAAUGUCAAGCAACUUGGAGAAUGCUCCUCUGUGUACUUAGCUCUACAGGAUUGUCUUGUCAAUUCCAACAGGAAUUGGAAAUCUUGUCAAAAAGAAGUUCAACUCCUAAAAGCAUGCAAUGGUGGAAGAAAUAACUGAGCAGCAAUACUCUCUCUCGCUCUCUCCUUCCCAUGUUCACUAUCGGCAAGAGGCUGCCGCUUUAAGAACUCAGAGCCCUCCUCCCUCAAAGUCACUUACAACAGCCCAGUUAAGAGUUAAGAAGAUGAAUGCCGUCGCCAAGCAUAGUUGCAGCCUUUCCAAGUGAUUUUAUAACAUGAUUUGAUGAAUGGCAAGUACUGGCAAAAUAACAUAGUACGAGAGUAACAGCAGUUGUCAAGGGCCUGUGUUUUUUUUAACAAUUUAUUCUAUCUAUCUGAAUCAAAUGGAUUUCGAGAGCU